AUGAGCGUUGACCCUCAGACACAGAGCGUGGAGGAGGAGAAGAAAGGCGUCCAUCCCUCCGAUGAGAUUACGCUCGACCUUCCUCCACUCGAUGCGCUACCCAAAGGCCGCUGGGAGCGCGCUUGGCCUACCAUCGCCUGUGGCGCUGGUCUAUUUUCCGACGGCUAUCUGAAUGGUGUCAUCGGCCAAGUGAACACUAUACUAUCGAUUCUCUAUCCAGACACUUACUCGUCCUCUCCCGCCAGUCAGAAUGUCUCGGCCAUUGCCUUUGCCGGCACAGUGGUCGGGAUGUUGAUUUUUGGUUACACCAGUGAUCACUGGUCGCGGAAGUGGUCUUUGAUGAUUUCAACCAUCAUUCUCUUCGUCUUUGCCGCCCUGUGCGCUGGAUCGUACGGCGCUGGAGGGAGCCAGUAUGGCAUGUUUGCCGCCCUCACCGCGUAUCGGUUCUUUAUCGGCGUAGGCAUCGGAGGCGAAUAUCCUGCUGGAUCUGUUGCGGCCGCUGAGAAUACGGGAGAACUCAAGGCUGGUCACCGCAAUCGCUGGUUCAUCAUGUUCACCAACUUCCAGAUUGACUUUGGUUUCGUGGUUUCGGCGCUCGUCCCCACGAUCUUGAUCCUCAUCUGCACCGAGGAUCAUCUGCGCCUUGUCUGGCGUCUGUCUCUGGGUCUGGGUGUGAUUCCUCCCUUGAGUCUGCUGUAUCUGCGACUCAAGCUGAAUGAGCCCGAGGAGUUUAACCGUGAGCGGAUGCGCAAAUUCCCCGUGCUGCUGAUCAUCAAAUUCUACUGGUUCCGCCUGACGGUAGUCUCCCUGAUUUGGUUCAUUUACGAUUUCUCAUCAUAUUCGUUUGGUCUCUAUUCCUCUGAAUGGAUCGGCAUCAUCACCGGUGAUAGUGCGCCGCUGUGGAAAACCUUUGGUUGGACCACCUUGACCUACAUGUUCUACUUGCCCGGCUCCGGACUGGGUGCCUGGGUGAGUGACUGGUUGGGUCCUCGCCAAACCCUUGCGAUCGGAGUGCUUCUCCAGGGAAUCGUGGGAUUUAUCAUGUCUGGCUGCUACGAGUGGUUGGCAACACCCAAAAACGUGGGUGGAUUUGUCGUGGUCUAUGGUAUUUUCCUUGCCCUGGGUGAGUUUGGCCCGGGCGACAAUCUCGGUCUGUGUGCAGCCAAGAGCAGUGCGACUGCCAUUCGUGGACAGUACUACUCUUACGCCGCAGCCAUCGGCAAGAUCGGUGCAUUUGUGGGCACCUAUGUUCUCCCCAUCGUUCGUGACAAUGCUCCGAAUCCAAUUCGCAAGGGUCAGGAUCCAUUCUUUGUUUCGAGCGCACUUUGCAUCUUCAGUGCCUUCUUAGCAUUCUUCCUCCUGCCUCAAAUCAACCAGGAUACCAUCACCAAUGAAGAUGCUCGGUUCCGCGAAUACCUCUCUCAGAACGGCUACGACACCUCGACCAUGGGCAAUCGGGAUCAAAUCACUACGCGGGAAACCGCCGUGAGCCGUCAUGACCUUGCGUGA